GUGGAUGUUCUGCAGCAUGCUGCCCUGGGACUGAGUCUCUGGACUCUCGGCUGCUGAAUGAAGCGGAGGCAGGCGAACAAGUGAAGGACGGUUUGCGCCAAAAUCUCUCCUGAGACUCUGGACUGAUCCUCCUCAUGCCACCUGGAAAUAACAAGGUUGGCAACGAUGUUACAGCUGGCAACAUCCAAGCUCUGGCAGACGGGAAGGCUUUGGUGGAUUCUUUGAUUAAGGUCGUGGCAUGUUACCGGCAUUUAUCCUCGUGCAUCGGCGGGAGCACGGACGGCCUGCAGCUCCGCCACGAGCUGCGACAGACCAGAGAAAAGGCCCAGACGUUGUCUGCAGCCAUCUGUCACCACCUGACCUUUCACCUGCGGGACAAGAGCCUCCCCGAGGAGCAGCGGAGGGAGAUGGAACUCCUCUGGGUGGCCUUCUCCUCCAGCCUGGAGCUCCUGCACGUAGACAUGUGCAAAGUUUUCACCAUCAGUGGCAUUUUCUCACUGGCUGACCCGGCGUCCCUGGUGCAAACGGGCCUUCAAGGGGGAGGCAGUGAGGUCACGGCUCGUGCGCUCAGUGUGCCAGACCUGAACCAGACUCGGACCCAAACCCUCCCAACUGCUCUUGAAACCGAAGAACGCAGCACCAUGGAGCUGGAGAUCAGCCAGAUCGACCGCAUGAUCGACGACAUGGAGACGAAGGUCAACGUUCUGCGGUGGAUGGUGGAGCCCCGCGGGCCUCAGUACACGGACCCUGUCAGCAGCACUGACAGCGCCUCCUUGGCUCUUGUCUCCGUUGAAGAGGACCGGCCCAGAUCCAGAUCACAGCCCCAGAGUCGCCACAUCUUUGUGCUCGUGUUGCUGUUCGCCGUUAUUUUAGUGGCAGCCAUUUUAUCGGUUUGCGUUUUCCUUUUCUCAUGA